GAGCAAAUAGAGUAUUACAAGUAGGACCUCAAAAUCGAAAAAUUGAGAAAGAAGACAUAGAAAAAAUAGAGAUGAGGUGGAUAGUACAGUGCCGUUGCUAAAAAUCAACCGGAUUCCCUACUAACAUUAAUCGGUGAACCAGGAGCAUCUAGUCAUCCUGCACUAGCUGCUGGUCCGUGCUCUGACCUUAGCGGCGAUGGAGAAGGUUCUGGUGAGCGCGGCGACGGGGGCUUUGCAGCCCGUGCUGGGGAAGCUGGCGACCCUGGCCGGCGACGAGUACAAGCGCCUCAAGGGGAUCCGCGGCGAGAUCGACUCCCUCUCCCGCGAGCUCGCCGCCAUGGACGCCUUCCUCGAGAAGAUGUCGGAUGCAGAGGAGGAGCCCGACCCGCGGGACAAGGUGUGGAUGAACGAGGUGAGGGAGCUGUCCUACGAAGCCGAGGACAGCAUCGACGACUUCAUGGCCCACGCCGCCGCCGGUGAUGGGUCCGCCGCCAGGCCGGACGGCUUCAUGGGGAAAAUAAAGGGCGUCGUGGGCCGGACCAAGGCUCGCCACCGAAUCGCCAAGGCCGUCGAGGAUCUCAAGAGACAGGCCGUCGAGGUGAGCGAGAGGAAUGCCAGGUACAGGUCUAGCGAGCCCACCACCUCCGUCUCCAACAAGCGCAAGGUUGACCGCAGAGCUCUUGCCAUUUUUGAGGAUGCAUCGAAACUCGUCGGCGUUGAUGGACCUAAGAAAGAAGUGAUCCAGCUAUUGAGCGGCGAUGGGGAGCCCACACAGCAGCAGCAGCAGCCACCCCAGGUGGUCGCCAUUGUUGGGGCCGGAGGAUUGGGGAAGACGACAGUUGCAAACCGAGUGUAUCAAGAGCUCAAAAGGCGGUUCGAUUUCCAUGCUUUCCUGUCCGUGUCACAGAAUCCAGACAUCGUCAGAGUAAUGAGUAAGAUUUUCAGUCAGUUGAACAAGAAAUACUCUGCUGCUGGCACCGAAGAUUUGUUGCAACUUAUCACCAAGAUUCGGGAUUUCCUCGCCGACGGAAAUAAACGAUACUUUAUUGUAAUUGAUGAUAUAUGGAAGGUGGAAACAUGGAAUGAUAUGAAGUAUGCAUUUCCCAUAACCAAUUCUGGCAGUAUAAUAAUCACCACCACUCGUAUAAAUGUUGUCGCUCAGUCAUGUUGUUCAUCAUUCAGUGGCCAUAUAUAUAAUAUGAGGCCUCUUGAUGAGGUGCACUCAAGACAACUAUUCUAUGGAAGACUAUUCAACUCUGAAGAAAAAUGCCCUUUGCACCUUAAAGGAAUUUCCAGUCAAAUCUUGGAAAAAUGUGCCGGUUUACCUUUGGCGAUCAUUGCUAUAUCAGGUUUGUUGGCUGACAAGGCAAGUAAAAAGGAUAAAUGGGAGCAAGUGAAGGAUUCAAUUGGUCGUGCACUAAGAAAUGCAAGCGUUGAUGCAAUGGUGAACAUAAUAUCUCUUAGUUACUUGGAUCUUCCUCGUCAUCUUAAAACAUGUCUACUGUAUCUGAGUAUAUUUCCAGAAGAUCAUAUUAUCAGCAAGGAGAAUUUGAUAAGGAGAUGGAUUGGUGAGGGUUUCAUACAUAGGCAAGUCGGUUAUGCACUGCAUGAGUCAGGAGAAAUGUGUUUCAAUGAGCUCAUUAACAGGAGCUUGAUCCAGCCGGUGAUAGACAAGACAUUUGGUCACGAGGUGAAGAGCUGCCGAGUUCAUGACACAGUUCUUGAUUUUAUCAUAUCCAAGGCCGUUGAAGCGAACUUUGUGACUAUAGUAGGUGUACCUGGUGUACAUCCCGAUCAACGAAACAAGGUUCGUCGGUUGUCUCUGCAGAAUGGCGGUGAGAUUCCGGCGGGUUUGGUUAUAUCUAGUGCGCGGUCACUCCAUGUUUUUGGGCCUAAUGUGAAGAUCCCUUCUCUGUUGGAGUCCAGACUGUUGCGUGUUCUAGUCUACGAAGACUGCUGGCAGUUAAAAGAUGAUCACCUUGCAGGUAUCGGCAAUUUGUUGCACCUCAAGUAUCUGAGGUUCAAUGAUGCACGUGCCCUGAGAAAGAUUCCAGAAGAAGUAGCAAGGCUACCACACUUGGAGAUUGACGUACUUGAGCGUGGAAAAUUAAAGGAAAUUCCAGCGACCAUCUGGCAGCUCCGAUGGUUGACCCUUCGUGGACAUGACAGUAAAGUACCGGAUGCAGUGGCAGCCAUGCAAGGAUUACAAGUGCUGGAGGUUUUCAAUGUUUAUGCACAGUCAACUGAGUUUCUCGUGGGGCUUGGCCAGCUGAAAAGCCUAAGGAUGUUGGGCAUAACAUUCGUCAUGUACCGUGUUGGUCUCUAUUCAAAGGAGGAAGAUGUUCAAACCGCAAAGAUGGUCUCUUCCAUAGCUGAGCUAAGCAAAGCAGGCCUUGAGUCUCUGCACAUUAAGAUCGACAAGCCGUCGGACAGGAUAUUGGAGGAGGAUUGGUUCCCGGAAUCUGAUCCUCCAUCUCCAUAUGGCCUUCGGGAACUUGUCAUCGAAUCGGUGGGACUCCCACGAAUUCCAACAUGGAUGGUCUCACUCGGCAACCUUGAGAAACUGUACGUCUCAAUGCUUCGUGUCGGGGAGGAAGACAUGGAGCUCCUGGGAGGCCUGCCCAGCCUGCAACACCUCUGCAUCCAUUGUUGGUGGGGUGAAGACGACGAGUCAGCUGAGAUGGAGGCUGCCAUCAAGAGAGCGAUGGAGGCCCAUCCCAACCGUCCCUGCUACUCAGUCACAUAAAGUACUGUGGGCGAGAGCGACACGGUGCCAAGUGGGAUGAUUUUGAAAUUUGUGAUUAAAUUUUGAGUCAAAAUUUCGAACUAGGAAAUCCCCAAUAAAUUUGAAGUGGGACUGGGACAUGAGUGGGAUAUAUCACUUACAACCCUAGGCGACAUCCUUAAUCUGUUGAAUAAUUUAUUCCCUUAGUCCAACAAAAAAUGUCUCAAGUUCGUUAAAAUUUAGAUGUAUCUAGACAUGACUUACUGUAUAAAUGCAUUUAAAUUUAAUCAAA